GAGUUGGUAGACUCACGUAGCCAAGUUGGCUAGACGACGAGUUGACUGUGAAGCUGUUUUGGGGAGGGAGGGAAAGCAUUAAUGCUUCAGACUUCCUGCCCCACUCUUCCAUUUCCAGGUGUGUAUGGGAGAACGCCGAUCCAAAGGCUACACCGACAGCAAGUGCAGGGUGACUCCCAACGCAAGCUCAAGCUCAAGUGUUUCAAGUAAUUUUGGUGUAGCUACUGGGUGUGUGCAGUGAGUUCUGGAUUCUAGAGACACAGAUUGAAGUAUCCAUGUAACCUUGACCUCAUCUUGACCUGACCACCACCACCACCACCACCAUGUUCGGGCAUCAGGUGGCAGUGGGCGGUAACAAGCAGAUCUGUAGCUACUAUCUGAAAGGCACCUGUAAAUAUGGCAGCAAGUGCUGGUAUUUUCACCCCCCUAAUCAAGGAGGUAGUGCUGGCGGCGGCGGCAGCAGCGGUGGAGUGUUUGGUGGUUCGGCCAGUGUGUUUGGCGGGAAGUCUGGCAGCCAGCAGGACUCCAAGGAAUUCACUGACUUUGUGAAGCAGGUGAGCGGGGAGAUGACACAGUGGGAGCGGAGUGGACAGUGGCUCAUGUCCAGCUUCUCCCCACUCAAGGCACACCCUCCCCUGGUUGGCUUUUCAGACACAUCCCCUGAGGAGUUCCGAAUUGAAGCCUACACUGCCAAUAAGACCAACACCUGCACUGCCUAUCAAGCCAAGUGGUUGGAGAUGCAGCAAACCUUCAAACAGCUGCGAGAGGCACUCAAGAUGUCCACUGCUGAGGCUGUGCAGGCGCUGAGGGAUGUGUUCUACAGCAAGAGCCCCCUGGAGCAGCAGCAGCAGGUGCUGAAGCAGCCGACGGGACUGUUUGGCAAGACCAGCAGUGGGUCCAUGUUUGGCGGGUCAUCUGGUGCCGCCAACCCAGGGCCAGGGCUGCUGGGGGCAGCUCCCCAGGCCACCCAGGGCUCCCUCUUUGGUGCCGCCACACCCUCUAUCUUUGGCGGGGGAGCGGCACAGACCCCCGCCACCUCGAGUAUCUUUGGUGGGGCGGCAGCGGCAGCGGGGGGUGCCAAACCACUGUUUGGGACCCAGACAUCUGUGUUGGGCACGUCUGGGGGUAGUGUGUUUGGAGCACAGCCUGCUGCCGCCACCGCUGCCCCCAGUGUGUUUGGGGGUGCCGCUGCUGUGGGCCAGGCCGCCACACCGGGGUCGCUGUUUGGUGCCGCCACACCCCAGGCCUCGGCACAGACCCCUGGCUCAGUGUUUGGGGCCGCCACCACCACUCAGGCCACACCAGCCCCAGCUGCCCAGACCAGCAUAUUUGGCCAGCCACAGCAGCAGCAGCAGCAGCAGCAGGGUGGUCUGUUUGGGUCACAGCCACAGCAGGCACAGCAGGGCAGCCUGUUUGGUUCACAGGCCCCACAGCAGCAGCAGCAGCAGCCUCAGCAAACCAGCCUGUUUGGUGCCCAGCCACAGCAGCAGACCAGCCUGUUUGGUGGGCAGACGCAGCAGACAGGAGGACUGUUUGGAGCACAGCCACAGCAGCAGCAGCAGCAGCAGUCAGCAGGACUUUUUGGAGCACAGCCUCAGCAGCAGCAGUCAACAGGACUGUUUGGGGCACAACCUCAGCAAGGAGGGCUGUUUGGAGCACAGCCACAGCAGCAGCAGCAGCAGCAACAACAACAACCAGGGAGUGUCUUUGGAGGACAGCCACAGCCACAGCCACAGCAGCAGCAGCAGCAGCAGCAGCAGGCUGGGGGAUUGUUUGGGGCACAGCCACAGGCCAGCACUGCCCCAGCCACACCGGGUCUAUUCUCCGGUGGGGCGGCCGCUGCACAGCCCCAGGGGGCUGCCGGGUCCAUCUUUGGGGGCGCUGCCCUCGGGGGGAUCAAGCCAGGCCUGUUUGGGGGUGGGGGAGAGGCUGCCUCCAAGCCUGGCCUGUUUGGCAAGCCUGCUGAGCCUGUGCCGGGCCUGUUUGGCCAGGGCCAGCCCGCCGCCACCCAGGCCACCCCCACACAGGGCACCCACAACAACUACACCCCCUUGGACCAGCUCUCCCCACAGGACCGGGCACAGUUUGAGGCGGCUACAUUCACCUUUGUGCCACUGUGUCCCCCGCCCCUGGAGCUGUGCGCCUGAUGGGGGCCCAACACCAAUUCACUAGCCUCACAAUAUAAAGUGGAUAUAUUCUCUCUCUCUCUCUCUCUCUCUCUCUCUCUCUCUCUCUCUCUCUCUCUCUCUCUCUCUCUCUCUCUCUCUCUCUCUCUCUCUCUCUCUCUCUCUCUCUCUCUCUCUCUCUCUCAUCCCAUAUAUCUUCAUAAUUGUCACAUUUCAACAAGUUCUCCUUCCUCCUCAUCUUUCCUGUGUGGCGCCGCUGUGUCCUGAGGGCAAACACAGCCAGGCAGAGUGAGGGCCAAGGGGUCUGGUGCUGUGUACUUUUACCAUGUGAUUUACUUUUAUUAAGAUUUCUAUUAAAAGUUAUGAAAUUGUAAA